AUGCUCCUGACGACGAGUAUAUUGAAGUCUCGCAUUGGUGUGACGGGUGUUCAUGCAGAUGUUGUCUUGGUGUCUGUGAUGGAAGAAGAUUCAGUGACUCUACACACUGGUGUUAUAAAACAACAGCAUGAAUACAUCAAGUGGUAUUUUAAUGACAUCCGCAUCGCUCAACUCAAUGGAGAUGUCAGUGAUAUGUGUACAGAUGUUCAGUGUAAUAAUGGCACUGAGAGAUUCAGAGACAGACUGAAGCUGGACAAUCAGACUGGAUCUCUGACCAUCAUGAACAUCAGAAGCACAGAUGCUGGAGAUUAUGAACUGGUCAGUGACAAUGAGGAAAUGAUCUUUAAUGUUGCUGUCCAUGAUGAUCCUGCUGGUCAUUAUAAUCAAGUAGAGGAAAACCAGGGAGAAUCUGUCACUUUUAAUCCUGGCAUAAGAAGAGACCUGAUUGAUGUGCUGAAGUGUUUGGUUAAUGACAUUCUCAUCACUGAAAUCACUGUAAAUCAGAGUCAGAUCUGCGCUGAUGUUCAGUGUAAAGAGAGAUUCACAGACCGACUGAAACUGGACAAUGAAUCUGCAUCUCUGACCAUCACAGACACCAGAAACACAGACUCUGGAAAUUAUACAUUAGAGAUUUUUAUCAGGCGUGACGGACGCUUCAGCAUCACUAGAAAGAAGAGAUUCAGCCUUACUGUCAUCUCUCCUCCACCUUCACAUCUGUCUGGAGGUGCAAUAGCAGGAAUAGUUAUUAUGCUGGUUGUUGUCAUCAUUGCUGCUGUUGCUGCUGUGAUUUAUCAUCUUCACCACAGAAAAGAUGGAGCAGCAGCACAUAAUGAAGGCGAUGCUGAUGAUCCUAGUGGCACUCCUUUGAGCAAGAUUGGGUUAAAUGACUGA